UCACAGACGGGCUGGCUGGUGCUGUCACACAGCGGACCGCGGUGUUCAGGGUGUCCGAUCACCAUCAUCAUCUCCACAGCAAGCGGCCAGUGGAGGAGAAGCCGAGACCGCGAGAUGUGAGACCAAAAGGAGGCUCCCGGUCCCAGAUUUCUCCGCAACCACCAGAGCUGUUCUUGUUCUUCGAGCGAACGCCGAGGAGGAGCGGCUCUAAGAAUCAGCUCCGCAAUCCGAUCCGCAGCAGCGGACACCUGCAAUAAUAAACACAGUAUUAUUAUUAUUAUUAUAUUAUAUUGUAGCGGGGAAACAGAACGGAAUCGCCGGUCCAGUGCAGGAACAGGAGAGGCGGAUGAACCACGGAAUUCAUUCGUCUUGUUUCUCACUGAUUCAGCCUUACUCAUCUCGCCAGGAGGAGGACUCUGAUGCUGCUGCUGGUGGCGGCGCUGAAGGCGGUGCGCUAACAUCGUCUCCGUGGCAACGGGGCGGCUGCGUCUCGCCCUCGGCUUGCAUCGAGCCGCCGCGUCGGUGGCGAUCAGGGCACGGGAGCGCGCACCCGGCGGUCCGCAUUCGGCGGUUCAGGGCUUUCGGGUGAUGCCGUGCCAAUGAUGCUCUGCUUGCUUUUGCAUUCGGGAGGCUCCUGGGGGCUGUCUUGACAUUGAUUGCCACGGCUUUUCAUUCGUGACAGCGCAGAGGUUUGGAGACACUUCCAGGGCACUCCUGUGACAAAUGCCCUCGCCGGUUUAUUAUUGGGGACGCAUACUGAGUCCUUUGGGGUUCGAGAGCCGAGAUCGCCUGUGAGCGCAGAGACCCUUCGCCCGCCAUACCCCGCGUCCCACCGCUUAACGCGCCGAGUUCCGUCCGAGGCAUGGUCCCCGGGACCCCCGCAACCAUGCUCCCAGCCUCGGAAGCUGCCAAGAUCUACCAGACCAAUUACGUGAGGAACUCCAGAGCCAUCGGGGUCCUGUGGGCCAUCUUCACCAUCCUCUUCGCCAUCGUCAACGUGGUGUGCUUCAUCCAGCCCUACUGGAUCGGGGACGGCGUGGACACCCCGCAGGCCGGCUACUUCGGCCUCUUCCACUAUUGCAUCGGCAACGGGCUCUCCAGGGAGCUCACCUGCCGCGGCAGUUUCACCGAAUUCAACACCAUCCCAUCCGGCGCCUUCAAGGCCGCCUCCUUCUUCAUCGGUAUGUCCAUGAUGCUGGUGAUCACCUGCAUCGGCUGCUUCGCGCUCUUCUUCUUCUGCAGCACGGCCACCGUGUACAAGAUCUGCGGCUGGAUGCAGCUCGCUUCAGGGACCUGCCUCGUUCUGGGCUGUAUGAUCUACCCGGACGGUUGGGACGCCGACGAGGUGAAGCGCAUGUGUGGCGAGCGCACCGACAAGUACACGCUGGGCGCCUGCUCCGUGCGCUGGGCCUACAUCCUGGCCAUCAUGGGCAUCCUAGACGCGCUCAUCCUCUCCUUCCUGGCCUUCGUGCUCGGUAACCGGCAGGACGGCCUCAUGGCCGAGGAGCUGCUGGCUGACAGCAAAGAGAGCGGAAACGCUUAAGAUGUGCAGAGGGUCUGUCCCACAGGAUUCCUCCUUGGCCACUAGGGGGGCAGUCUACAAAAUUUUAUGGCCCAACUUUUUACCCAUCAUGGCAUGGAUGGGAAUCUGACCACGAAAAGUGGCCUUAAAGGGAGGGAGGAGAGACACGCCACAAAGUGGGGGGUUACCCCACCGUAACCACAGUACAAGUACCCCAAUUACAGCUUCCUCCCCCUCUGCCCAGGGACCCUUCUCUCCUCUAAAGGAACUUUUGUGUCGUAAAAGUUAAAAUCGGCAACAUCAUGGUGACACCCAUGGAAAAAAAAAAAACCACGAAAGAGCAAACAGGAGCGCACCCACCCCCACCCGACUCCCCCCCCCACACACUAUACUGACAUUCCUGCUGGUGUAUGACUCUGAUGCUGUGUAAAAUAAAAUUGUGCAAUAACACGUUCGCCCACAUUGAGUAUCGCUGUCACGUUGUUCCCAUCUCUCACACUAACUAGUGAAGACAAAAACACGUCAUCUUGUGAAGUCAGUGUUAGUAUACCUGUUCCAGUGCACUGGCGGCCGUCGGACCACACUUGGGGGGGGUUGAGGAGCGAGCCGAGCGAAGCCAAGCCUUGCACCUUCGUGGUUCUCUAGGAGUCCCGCCACUCAAGCACCUGGUGUGUGAUGCACAAGAGCACAUCCCUGCCUCCAAGGAGUGUAACUGACACAAGGCGUGUUGGAGAGAACACGGAUCGGCAGAACAACCUGAGCCUCCCAGGAUUUGCUUCUUCCCACCGGAUCACCUUUGCGUUUGGCUGGAAAAGGGGUGGUGGAGACCGACUCCACAAACUGGUACAGAGAACUGGGUGCCCAGUGGAUCAGCCACACUCGAACCGGGGACAACCCCGGCAACCGUAGAAGGCAAUGCGAUCGUGUUGUUGGCAUCAACUCGCAAUGAACUUGUUUGUAACCUGUAGGCAGUAGGUGUUUGGGAUCUGUGUCAGGUGGAAUUUUGACAGAUCAUCUAAUUCAAGGCCGUACAAAGGAACUGUAUAUAUGUAUCCCAUUAAUGUGUCUAAUAUAUUCAUCAAAAAGCUACAUAUAUUUCUAGAUUUGGUCAAUAAAAUGUGAGCAUUUCAACAAAUAUAUAAAGUACUCAAAGACACUUAGAUAACGUUUUCCAUGUGUAGUGUUCUAACCCAAAGAAUAGUAUUUAAGGAAUACUGAAAAGUGAGUAAAGAUACCGUGGGGUCAGGGGGAGGCAAUGACCUGAGGCUGAGGAAGAGCGCAACAUAUCUCUGUCACAGCGUCUGCCUCCAUUACAGUAAUUCAGUAUGUCACUUUCAUAUAUUCUCCAGUUGUGUGUUUGCGCGCAGAUAUUACAGAAAAUAGUGAUACAUUAAUAUGAGGCCAAAUCUCCAUGUAAUACAGAACUAUAAAAAUGUAUAAAAAAAA